AGUAUAAUGGACCAGUCCGAGGUCAUUAUUGUUGAGAGUGCGUAAGACUGCAGCACGUUCUGAUGGUGGGUGGGAAGGACGGGUUCUGUCGGAAGGAUUUGUAGGUUUUCCGGACCGUUCGGUGGCUCCAAGCGGGACAGAUGUCGGCUCGGGGACCGCGGUACGGCCGCAGGCUGCUGUCCAGCCUCCUGACGGUGACACUACAGACGGAAACGGGCGGCGCCAACAGCCGAACGGCGCACGGACAGGCACAAGGUGUCCUGAGGAGAAUCCAUGGCUGGCAGGAGGGAAUAUGGGACAUGGUGUCCCGCCCAAGUACCAUGGUGUCUGGCCCAAGUACCGUGGUUUCCUGUCCGAGUACCAUGGUGUCCCGCCCAAGAUCCAUGGUUUCCUGUUCAAGUACCAUGGUGUCCCACCCGAGAACCUGGGUGCAGCAGCAACACACCCACCAACCCACGAUGUCCCGUGGGACACUGGUCCCCACAGCUGGAUGUCACAUCCUAACUUCUCACACAUUCAGUACUGAACUCUACCCCCCAUAUGGAGGGGGCUCCUGUACCCACUGCUGCACCUUCCACAGUUCUGCCCAUGGCGCUCAGAGGGGUGGGGAGAAACAGCAGGCAGAUCAGAGGGGUGGGGAGAAACCACAGCCUGAUCAGAGGGGUGGGGAGAAACCACAGGCAGAUCAGGAGGACCAGAGGGAAGCUGAGGAGGAUGAGGAGGAUUUGGUGGAGAGGUACCGGAACCUGACGUUGUUCCAGAGGUUUAAGAUGAUGGUGAAGGAUUACGGACAUGUGCUGAUUCCCGUGCACGUCGCCACAUCGCUGGUCUGGUUCGGAACCUUCUACUACAUGGCUAUCAGUGGUGUAGAUCCGGUGCCUCUCCUGGAGAAGAUCGGGCUGCCGCACUCCUGGGUGGAAACCAUGAAGAAGUCCGGAGCUUCAGACCUGAUGGUGGCGUAUGCUUUUUACAAGAUUGCGACUCCUGCCCGGUACACGGUGACUCUGGGCGGUACGACUUUCACGAUACGCUACCUGCGCAAGAAAGGCGUCAUGCACAAACCUCCUCCCUCCAAACACAUGGAGAAGAUGAAGGGCUUCAUCCAGGAGAAACGCGGCCAGAUGAAGAGUAAAUAGAUUCUGCUGCUGGGGUGCCAGUCGUGCUGCUGGGGUGCCAGCCGUGCUGCUGGGGUGCCAGCCGUGCUGCUGGGGUGCCAGCCGCGCUGCUGGGGUGCCAGCCGCGCUGCUGGGGUGCCAGCCGCGCUGCUGGGGUGCCAGCCGCGCUGCUGGGGUGCCAGCCGCGCUGCUGGGGUGCCAGUCGUGCUGCUGGGGUGCCAGCCGCGCUGCUGGGGUGCCAGCCUCGCUGCUGGGGUGCCAGCCGUGCUGCUGGGGUGCCAGUCGUGCUGCUGGGGUGCCAGCCAUGCUCAACUGUUGUCAAAAUCUGUCGAAGUGGUCCGCUUGCCUCGGAAGUCAAAGGAGUCAUGCAGAACUGAUUUUACUUAAAGAGGCCAGCUGAAGAAUAAAUGAACUCAUUAUUGCA